GAUCUUUAGCGUCGAGAGGGGCGGGUCUAAGAGUUGUAAGCGUUGGAUAAGACAGGGCCUAUCAGUACGCUGCCACAACGAGCACGGAAAGGACAUGAAGAAGCCGGAGUGGGUACAGGCACAGGGGAAAGCCAGGAAAGAAAGCUGAAAUGCUCCGAACUAAAUAUGGCCACGGCCUGUUUCAGUCAAGCGUUGCCUCUGAUCCUCGUCCUUCUGCUUUGCACAGAUGCUGUUUCUGUGUUACCUGCACCUGGAAAUGUGAGCGUUAGCUCAUUCAACCUACAGCAAAUACUUCAAUGGGAUCCUGUGAAAGUGGAAAAUGUAACCUACAUGGUGGAAUACAGAUCGUGGUAUGAAGGGGAUAAUGAUUACUUAGCCCUUUGUAAGAAAACUACACAGACAGAAUGUAACUUUACAGCUCUUGUUCCAUUUAAUUGGAGGAUCAUUCUAAGGGUCAGAGCCGAAGUUGGUAACCUAAGUUCGAUAUGGCGUGAAACACCAAAGUUUCAAGCAACAAGAAACACUACUUUAGGGCCUGUGAAAUCUCUCAAACUGUUGCCAAGAGAAGCAGUGCAUGAUGCCAUUUCUGUCAGCUUUGAGCCCCCUAUAUCAAGGGAAAUCCUUCCACAUGGCUCAGUAAUGAAGUUUACAUUGCAUUACUGGAAAAACAGCUCUGGUAAAGAGAAAGAAAUCUCGAGCACAAAUACUCAUAUUUUACUGAAGGAUCUGGAUCCCAUGUCUGUAUACUGUGUGGAAGUUACUGCCUCUGUUUGGAAUCUUGUUGGAGAGCCAAGUGAAACUGUAUGUGAGAAAACAUCAGCAGCUCCAGCUCUCACAGCAACGGGCUACAUUUGGCUUGUGGUCGGACUUGUGUGCGCUUGUUGCGUUAUCUCUGUCUGUUCCUUGGCUUUAUACAAACACCACAAAAUGAUUAAGAAGUUGCUGCCUCCUCCUCCUUUGACAAUACCAUACCACGUCGAAAAGUUCUUGCAGGAUACCUCUUUCCAGUAUUUAAAAGGCGACCAAUGUGAAAUAGAAGAGCAUUAUGAUCAUAUUUCCAUUGUGGAACAUGGAUCCGGCUAUGAUAGAAAGGACUCCUGUAAUGAGGAGUGGGACUUAAAGCAGAUGCCUGAUGAAAAGUCUUUCUACCAAACUAUUUCCUAAUAACACCAAGCUAUUGGCUUUUGGAAGGACAUAAAUGAUUAUUCCUUUCUGCAUCUCAUAUGUGCUCACAUUGCUGGAGAGGAAUUUGAGAGUAUGGGCGCUUUCUGAAAGUGCUGAACUCAUGGGGAAUGGGCUAAUGAGGUAGAGAUUUUCUUUUCCUAGGGAGUAUUUGUCAACACUUUCAUUGCAGGGAUUUGUUUGGUACAACAUUAUUCACUGUGGAAUCUAAAGCUGAACUGUAUUAACCUGUUUUCUAUAGUUCAGUGAAGGCAUUGGACCUGGGAGACAAUGGAUAAAGAGCACAUACGAAGAUUGGAUCUCAAUGAUAAUUAAACCAAGAACCAGCUUUUUUUCCCACAGCAUAGAAACGACUUUGCCAAAAUGCAGUGCUGGAUGGCUCUUAGCACCAGUAAAAGCAUCUGCCAAUGUGUAUGGAUUCAAACCAUUUCUAGACUUGUUUUACCUUGAAUGUCAAAGUCUGAGUGAGCUUAGGUUUCCACUUGUAAACAAGAAAAACUUUCAGUCAUGGAAUGGAACUACGGAAAGUCAAACUUACAAUCAGGGUUCUUCAUGAAUGGUUUGUUAAAGAAGUGCAGAGAUUCUUCACACAAGAAACAUUUAAUGUUUGUUGCUUUAAAGACAUGGUUUUAAAACUGUGGCACUGCCCCCAGGGGGCUUGGAACAAUGGCUGGCGGCUCAGCCUGAAGGCCAGUUAAAAGGAUCGGACUUAAAGAUACAUCUGAAAGCCUUGCCUAGUUAUGAUGAAAUUUGGGAUGAAUAUGUAUUUGCUGUCCUACAUAUUCUGGAAACCAAGCCUGAUUGACUUCUACACUGAUAUUUUCCUAUAUUGAUUUCAUGGCCUUCAAGUGGGGCAGAAUCUACUUGAUUCAGAAAUAUUAAAGUGAAAAAAAGACAGUUAAUAUUAACUAAGACAAAUGUGCCUGCAGACAAUGCAGAAUGUCUGAUACACAGUUCAAGGCCCUCAUUGGUUCAAAAGAAACAAGAUGGAAAAAAGGCCCCUGGCAGUUUAGGGUAGUGAUGGGCAGCCUGAGGUGCUGUUAGAUUGUGAAAUAUUCCAAUUCCUUGUUUAAUGUGUACUUUUUUUUGGCACACUACAUGGUAUAUACCAGAGCUGUUAACCUUGGAGCUUUGCAUCUGUUGUUGAGCUACAAUUGUUGCUUGGUUAUUUUAGUUCAGCAACAGGUUGUGGCUUAGACAUUUCUGGUUUGUACAGUGACUUCUAAGAGAAAAGCAUUAAAAGAAGCACUUGUUUA